UUUUUUAUUUUUUGUUUUUUUCUUCUCCGCGGAGGUGUUAGUUUCUUCUCGUUGCUCGCAGUGGUGUGUGGUGCUUGCGUGAUGUGGCUUCUUUUGUUGCGACCUGUUUUAUAAUGCUCACUUCUGGUCUUUCGUUGUGUAAUAUUGAUUGGGUGUAGUGACGUUUUAAGUGGAUUGCCUCGUUUCAUUCAGUUGCCUACUUUUGACUUGCAAACGGGACAUGGUUUUCGGUUUCCCUCCCGUUUUUUUUCUUAGUUUUGUUUCCCCAUCGCAGGUUAUGUUGUGUGCUGUAUUUCUUAUUUGUAACGAAGGUUUUGUUAAAUUUUCUGGGAGGUCGUUUUAGACUUGAUUUCUCACGUCUACAGUAAACUAUUUAUUUUAUCAUCUUGGCGAUAGGGUAUUGAUCGCUAUUGAUCUGAUCCUAUGGUCUCUAUGACCACAUCACGUGUGAAAAUUUCAGCACUUUGUGCAUGACUUCUCAACCACGCUAUACAAUGUUAAGUGAAGCAGUACGAUUCCCUCACAAAACCACGAAAAACUUGCUAAUUCGGAUUUAUGACAUAUCACCGAAUGAACAUGUAAACUCCCUGACCUCAUACUACUGAGGUUUGAACCUUCUGAACUCAUAAUAUGACAUGGUCAUAAAACAGAGUGCGAUUGUCGUCUCUCUGCGGAGAAAGACUGGAGAAGAGGGCUUCUCAAAAUUUAGGGUGCUGGGAUAGGUUGUGCGUGACUUUUCGUCCUGACAGAUCUUUCUUGCUAUCAAGGUGAACUGAGCCUGUAUAACAAGCUUGUGGGGUUAUUUCGAGUUUGAAAGAUGGAUAAGGGAGAGUGGAAAAAGAAGAAUCGAGUUCCAAUUCGGGCAUUGAUUCAGGUCGCAAGUGUUGCAGCUGGGGUUCAAUUUGGCUGGGCGUUGCAGCUUUCGUUACUUACCCCGUACGUACAAGAGCUUGGAAUUCCACAUGCAUGGGCUAGUUUAAUCUGGCUAUGCGGGCCUAUUUCGGGCAUGAUUGUACAACCCAUCAUUGGCCAUUACAGUGAUAGCUGUACAAGUUCAUUCGGGAGAAGAAGGCCUUUCAUCCUCGGAGGGGCUGCUCUUGUGGUCAUCGCAGUUCUCAUCAUAGGGUUUUCUGCUGAUCUGGGAUACCUAUGUGGUGACACUUUGCAAUCCCGUCCCUUCGCAAUUACGAUCUUCGUGAUAGGAUUCUGGGUGCUUGACCUGGCCAACAACACACUUCAGGGACCUUGCAGGGCUUUGCUGGCUGAUUUUACAGGGAAAGACCAGACCAGGAACCGAAGAGCGAAUGCCUUCUUCUCUUUGUUCAUGGCCCUGGGAAACAUCCUGGGGUUUGCAACUGGGGCCUAUGAUGGAUGGUGGAAGAUCUUCCGUUUCACGUACACAGAAGCAUGUGACAUCGCCUGUGCAAACCUUAAGUCUGCGUUCCUGCUGGGGGUGAUCAUGCUAGCGACGACCACUUUCUUGAGUGUAACGGCAGCUUCCGAGAUCCCAUACGACCCUGUCAAGCCGAAACACUCGGUGGUGAAGGCUGCGACUCCCCUCUUGUCUGAUAAGGCCAACCAGAGCUCGUCCAGUGUGGCAGGCGCCAACGAAGAAGACGAUGAUGAUGACGAUGAGGCGGAAUCCGAAGCUCUAUUCACGGAAAUGUUGGGUGCUUUGAGGGAUCUUCCACGACCAAUGUGGUACAUCCUUCUCGUCACCGCGCUUACCUGGAUUGCUUGGUUCCCUUUCCUCCUCUUCGACACCGACUGGAUGGGCCGUGAAGUAUACGGCGGGGAUCCUUCGGACCCCAACAAAAGCAAGUGGUACUCUGACGGUGUACAUGCGGGAUCUCUGGGUCUCUUGCUCAACUCCGUUGUCCUAGGUCUCUCCUCCCUGUGUAUCGAGUUCGUCUGCAGGAAAUUGGGGUCCAGCUAUGUCUGGGGCAUUGCAAAUACGAUUAUGACAGUAUGCUUCAUUGGAACUGGUCUGGUGACUCAUGCCGCCAAAAACGCAAUGGCCAAUGGGGAGGGGCCACCAAAUUGGAUCGUCUAUUCUUCUCUCGCAAUCUUCGCGGUUCUAGGAGCUCCACUUGCUGUGACAUACUCUGUCCCGUAUGCAUUGACAGCAACCUACACAGAAAAAGUGGGAGGUGGUCAAGGGCUGUCUGUAGGCGUACUGAACCUCGCAGUUGUUACGCCCCAGGUUCUUGUAUCGGUAGGGAGUGGACCUUGGGAUGAGCUUUUCGGAGGCGGCAACAUGCCUGCCUUUUUACUCGGUGCAGGAGCCGCUCUAUUGGGCGCCAUUGCUGCUGUUCUGCUUCUGCCGAGGCCCCCGCCUGACUUCAAGACAAGGAACCGGCUCCGACGAACUCAUAGUUCUCCCAUUCCUUAAACUUUGCCGCUGUUCAAGUAGCAACGAAGUUCUCUUGAAAACAUUGAAGAUUUUUCUUCCAGUGGUGUGACCUGUAUUUCGGUUCAUCGCGCUCAUUCGGUGCAAUUAUCGAGUUUCUUGUGAUGAUCAGGCCCAUUGGCAGGACGCGGCUGCAAUAUAUCUAUCGGUUUUCUUCCUCAGGACGACGAGAAUACACAAUGCUGAUAGUUUUAAUCACCUUGUUAGUACCAACCGAUUGUGUGGAAUCAUCUCCUUCUGCUUGACUUGUAUUUGUUUGAUCUCAAGUGGCUUUCAUCCUAUCAUACUCAGCCACCGUUGUCCUGCACCACAGACAUGUCCUCAGAAUGGUCAUUCAAAGUUUGAUUGUUCCGAUUUCAGUGCUACAUUGGUACCCUGCAUGUCAGUCCUAGAAAUGAUCAUUUAGUUACUUGAGGGAACAUGCAGAAUUAUAAGUAGAACGCAUAGCAUUCUUAAAUUUGUGAGGAAGGAAUUCUACCUGUAUUUGUCUUUGAACCGUCGAGUUUUUGGGUCACCAGUUAGCACUCGAAGGAAGGAAGGGUUCUAGGAUUGAACAGUUUGGUUCUGCCGAAAUCAUAUUGUGAAUACGUGCCGAAAUUGCUACCCGAAUUUGUCGA